AACUCACACUCACACUCAGGCUCACACACACGCUGCUGGCAGUCUCUUGGUGCUACUCUGUAAUCCAAUCGACUGCUGGGAAAUCUGCUCAGAACAAACCAUGAGACCCCUCCUGCUCCUCAGCCUGCUCCUUCUCUGCCUCACCGACCCAGCUUGGAGCGGUACCAAUGAUGCAGAAGACUGCUGUCUGUCUGUCACCAAACUCAUCAUCCCCCGCCACAUCGUGUGUGCCUACCGCCGGCUCAGCCCAGAGAACGGCUGCCGAUUAUCCGCAGUAGUGUUCACUACACAGAAAGGUCAUCAGCUCUGUGCUCCCCCUGACCGGCCCUGGGUGAAACGGCUCAUCAAGAAACUUGAUAAUCCCCAGUACAACCCCAACUGCAGUUAGUUUAGGCACAGGAGGAGAAGAGGAAAGAGUCUGGACAUCAGGAUGGAAGUAUUUGAUCCAGCAGCCAGUUUGGGAAGAGCUCAUGAUGCCCCAGGACGGAUGAGGAAAGAGAACCAGGAAAUCUAGCCCUUGGCUCCAGCCUGGAAUUGAGAUGGGGUUGCUGGUGGGGUGGGGAGGGGGAGGCAGAGAAUAAUUUUUGAGGUGUGAGCUUGACUGUGAGUGUGAGUAUAAUACAGGCACUGGGGCAGUUAAUAUGAAGUCUGAUGCUGGAAGUGGAACAAUUUUAAAUAAAUCACUUUUGCCCUCCG